GUUGACAAUUGAACAAAUUUUUAGUGUGAUUAUCCAUCCCCAUAUUUUAAAAGUAUAUACAAUUAUCAAUUUUUUUUUCCUGAAAGCAGAAAAAAUACAACUUAUUUAUAUGAUUUUUGAUGGAAUAAAUGCAGUUGGUGUACGAAUAAGAAAGAAUUUUGAUUGUAGUUCCUAGCGAUAGAAUUUGAUAUGUGUUUGAUUUUUUCAAGGCUCAUUUAUAUCUGUAUCUCUUAUCCAUUCAAUUAUUCAUAAAUUCUCAAUUUCCCUAUUCCCUCAACUCACCGGCUUCGUCCCUGCUCUUGAUCCUUCAUUCACGACGUUUUUUGAGGCAUUGUUUUCGUCUCUAAACUGACAGAAUUAAAGAUUUUAGAGAUAGGACAAGGGCAUAGGGUUUUGGUUCAACUUUGAUAAAUUGUGAUUUGGGUAGUCUGAGAAUUGGGGUUAGCUUAAGAUGUAUGCCGUAGGAAGGCUAGGCAACUAUAUAACCAGAGGUGUCUACACUGUCUCUGGCCCAUUUCACCCUUUUGGUGGUGCUGUCGAUAUUGUUGUAGUAGAACAGCCUGAUGGAACCUUCAAAUCCUCGCCUUGGUAUGUUCGGUUUGGGAAAUUUCAAGGGGUUUUGAAGGCCAAAGAGAAGGUCGUUACUGUUUCUGUUAAUGGAGUUGAGACAAACUUUCACAUGAUUCUUGAUCCAAGAGGAGAAGCUUACUUUCUUAGGGAGUUAAAAGGAGAAGAAGGGGAAGCUAUAUGUUAUUCAUCAUCUUCAGGUGAUGAGAUCGAUGAGCAAUCUCAGAAAAUUGAGAGACCUAUGAAGUCCAAAAGCUGCGAUUAUGAUGGCGGUAAAACUUUAACUGACAAUGUUAAUGCAAUUAAUGGAAAGAUUGUGGCUAGAACUAAUUCCCGCCAGUCAAGGAUAUCUGGGAUUCUUUUUGGACAGAGGUCAAUGGAGGAGGAUGGUUAUCUAAAGGCAGGUGAUGGUAAUGAUGUUGCUAGGAUAAGCUCAUUGGAGCGCGCGGAGAUUGCGGCUGACCUUGUUGAAACUCUCAUGUUAGACGAGAAUGAUCUGGAAGAUAAAUUGGUGGAGAUAUCUGAGACACCAAGAUAUGUGGAUGAAUCCGAUCUACAGGACACCGGACAAGUUUGUGAUGCUGAGGAUGUAAUGUCUGAGGUCAACCAUUCUGAUUCAAAGAUUGUACACAUGUAUGAAGGAUGUCCUGAGAAGAAAUCUGAUGAACAGGGUUCUGAUGACAUGGAUGUUGUCUUGCCAUGCACUAGUGCUUCUGAUGAAGAUAACAGUUCCCCUGGAGUUCAGUUGUCCAAUAAUUGUGAGACUCCCAUGAGUUCAAAAGCAGGGUUGGAUAGUGUGAGAGAACAACCUGAAGAAGCUUCAUGCUUUGCCAGUGGUGGAUCUGGGGAAGUUCCUAUGUGUGCUCAAACAUUGCAUGUUCCAGCUGAACUUGAAAUUGAGGAUGCAGUUAACCAGUGUGCCGAGGGUAUUGGAUUUGAGAGUAGACCCAUGGAAUCUCAUGACAUAUAUUAUCAGCAAACAAUUCCAUUUUCUUCUUCUGCACAUGGUCAUAAUGAACUGAACUUUGAAGUGCCAGCAACAGUGUCACCCUUUACUCAAAUGGUCUAUGUUGACCCUAUAUUUGAUUCAGUUGAAAUAGAGUCAAACACUGAUAGCUCCAUGCCCAGUUUUAACAACUCAAUUCAUCAGGUUCAAGCUGAAGUAAUAACUGGGAAUGAUUUUACCAGGAACGAGCGCCAAUGUUCUCUAGAGUCAGUUGGGGAUUCAGAACAACUUAAUAGAGGUUGUGGCCUAACAAAAACAGCUAGUAUUCCAGUGUGUGAGAGUUCGGAGGACGAACAAUUUUUCUUUAGUGAUAUAGAUGAUUGUGAACCAAAGGAAGCUCAAGGAAAAUCAGCUUUUCCAGAUGCUUUAGGCGAAGAACAUCUUCCUUCAUCCUCUCCAGAAGCGAUUAACACAGCGAAUGAGCCAGUCCUUGUAAAUGAUGAAUCUUCUUCCUCUCCACAUAAUUUUUCUCCAAAGAAUGAACCUAGUGUCUUUGGAAACUUCAUAGAAAAUUCCAAGUUAACGUCGAGUUCCAUUCAUAUUCCAAAACGUCAUAGUGUUGAUGGUGCAGAAGUUGGGCGUCUGGCAGAAUCACUACCCAAUUUGUGGUCUGACAUUGAUAAUAUGGAUAAACAGGAACUUUCAUGUUCUUUUAGUCGUUCUUUGGAAUUGAACUCCAAAUCCUUGGAGUGGAAUAUGCUACACAGGAGUGACUCUCACUGUACAAAUUCAGAGUCAAGCAAAGAUAAUUUGUUGGUACAGGGUUUUUCCAAAGAUGAAGAUGCCCUUCCUUUGCAGGAUAUUAAAGACGAUCUUAGCAAUGCCAGUGUUGAGAUAUCUCUUUGCAAACACUUAUUAUAUGAAGGAAUGGGAGCUGAAGCUGCUUCUCAAGCAUUCGAAGCUGAAAAACUGGACUUAGAUAAAUUUACAUCUGUAGGUCCUGCAGUUGUGAAGAAUGAUAAGCUUGUUGUUAGAAUUGGAGGCAAUUAUUUCCCAUGGGAUGCAGCUGCUCCUAUUAUUUUAGGAAUGGUAUCAUUUGGAAGUGAAAAUACAUUUGAACCAAAAGACAUGAUACCUGUUGAUCGAGUUGAGAAAUCUCUUGUAGGGGAUCAAUCAAGAACCAUUGUAACCACUGGAGGAAGCUGGAGACUUUGGCCUUUCCCUUUUAGAAGAUCAAGAUCCAGGAAAAUUACACAGCCAGCUUUAGAUAAUACUAGAAGUUCUGAUGUCGAGACUGUUUCAGAGAGCCAUAAUGAGGUUGAAAGUAACAGAAAUGUGCUCAAUGGAGAGGCCUUAAAAAAGAUGGUAAAGGCCUUUACUCCAACAUCUGAGGAACUGGCAUCCUUGAAUUUGAAGGAAGGGAGCAAUGAGGUCACAUUCACAUUCUCCACUUCUGUGCUGGGGAGGCAGAAGGUUGAUGCGAGAAUCUAUUUGUGGAAAUGGAACACCCGCAUUGUGAUCUCAGACGUUGAUGGGACAAUCACAAAAUCAGAUGUUCUAGGCCAGUUCAUGCCCUUGGUUGGGAUAGAGUGGUCACAAACUGGUGUUACACAUUUAUUUUCAGCUAUUAAGGAUAAUGGGUAUCAAUUCCUUUAUCUAAGUGCACGUGCAAUUGCUCAAGCCUAUAUUACUAGACAGUUCCUAGUUAAUCUAAAGCAGGAUGGGAAGACUUUACCAGAUGGUCCUGUUGUUAUCUCCCCUGACGGGCUUUUUCCUUCUUUAUUUCGUGAAGUCAUUAGAAGGGCUCCUCAUGAAUUCAAGAUCGCCUGCCUGGAGGACAUCAGGGCAUUGUUUCCUUCUGAUUGCAACCCUUUCUACGCUGGUUUUGGUAAUAGAGAUACUGAUGAGAUUAGCUACCUUAAGGUUGGAAUUCCGAAGGGAAAGAUCUUCAUUAUUAACCCUAAGGGGGAGGUUGCUGUGAACCGCCUGGUUGACACAAGAUCAUACACUUCUCUACAUGCUCUUGUGCAUGGAAUGUUUCCUGCCAUGUCAUCGACAGAGCAGGAGGACUAUAAUUCGUGGAAUUUCUGGAAAUUGUCGCCUCCUGAUAUUGACAUAUGAAGAUGGUAUAAUUGGAAAGCUUUUUGCUUAACCCACUAUACCAGAGACAAAUAAAAAAUCGACCAACAUUGUUAUUGACCUAGUCUGGUGGUAUGUUGUGAAGUCCUGAUGAAAGAGAUUCAGCAGUCAUUUUUUUGUAUUGGCUGGGUAAUCUAUUAAUAGCAUCAAAGGAAUAUUUAUAGAAGAUCUGCAUAAAGCAUAAAGAGAUGAAUUCAUUCUAUUAAAUAUAUUUUCUUUAUAAGCUGGGAAAUGUACAAUAUUGUAUAGAGCAGUAUACCUAGUCCCACGAGCAACAAGUAUUAUAAGGGAAAUAAUAGGGAUUUUUUUCUCGGAACGUUAGUCUGUAAUAUUCAUUUUGAAAUGCAUUCUUGUUCCUCGACAUUUGUCGAUAUUGUUGCUGCAAAUAUCUGAGUUUUUUGAUA